GAAUCUCGCCUCUCUCGUGACGAGCUGCCAUUAGUGUGGACACAAGGCCUCGAAAGCGUGCAGAAAGUCCCAAAAUCCGCCUGUGGAAGGGACAAAAUGUUUGUACUACAUACGUUGGUGACAAUAGCUCUGGCUAUAGGCCAAGCUUAUUCUGAUGUCGAGCCACGUGCGGGACUUUCACCAGGUGUUCCAUGAUGAUUUCAGUCACUUUGAUCACAGCAAAUGGACCAAUGAAGUGGCGGCCAGCGGCUUUGGGAAUGGCGAGUUCCAGAUCUACAGCCCAGAGAGCAGGAAUUGUUUCGUGAAGAACGGAAUUCUCCACCUCAAACCGACCCUAACAGUGGACAGAUUUGGAGAGAACUUUCUUACACAUGGAAUUCUUGAUAUUCACAAAACUUAUGGCACGUGCACGAACUCUAAUAACCAUGGUUGUUACCACGAUGCCAGCAAGGACGGGAUCAUUCCACCCGCCAUGUCCUGUAAACUGAAGAGCACGGGGACCAUCCGUUACGGGAGGGUGGAGAUCUGGGCUAAGAUGCCCAAGGGGGAUUGGCUCUGGCCAGCCAUCUGGCUUAUGCCAAAGGACAGCAAAUACGGAACUUGGCCACGGUCUGGGGAGAUAGACAUGGCAGAACUUAGAGGUAACCUGCAUAACACAGGGGGAACCCCAAAUCAAGUGUCCUCGACCAUCCAUUUUGGUACGGAUUGGAAUCAUGGUCACAGGUCGAUCUCAAAGACACAUUGGAAUGGCCAUUCGUACGCUGAGGGGUUUCACAAAUAUGUCAUGGACUGGACCGCCUCACAUAUCCGCAUUUCUGUUGAUGACGUCAUGAUACUGAACUCCACCACACCAUCUGACGGCUAUUUCCACCAUUAUCUCCAAGGAACCAACAUCUACAGUAGUGGAGGAAAAGAUGCUCCGUUUGACAGAGAAUUUUACAUCAUCCUAAAUGUCGCUGUGGGUGGUACCAAAGGCUGGUUCCAGGAUGGGGCUAAAAACAGUCCUUACCCCAAGCCCUGGGUAAACAGUGAGGGGCAAUCAAAAUCCAUGCAAAAGUUCUGGGCGGCCAGACACAUUGGGAACCCACAUGGAAAGGUGAUGAGGCCGCCAUGCAGGUUCGAUCGGUCACUAUGUGGACCUACAAGUAACAGUUCGCUUUAAGUUCGAGAGAUAUAGCCUGUAGUUUGUAGAAAUAUAACUGUAAAUCUUGUAAUUAAAGAGUCUUUCAACACAAAAAUAGCUCUUUCGACCUUUCCUUGAUAUGUUUAGAUAACAGUUUUUCUCUUCCUGCCCACUGUCAUAUAAGUGAAAUAUUCCUGAGUAUGGCCUUUACCUCAGAAAUAAACGCAUGUAUGAACUUUGCUCAU